CACAAAACCCCCACUUACCUUACACUAACACCAACUCAAAAAGUCUCCAAGAAAACGACCGCCAAAACCAAAUUAUUUUGUUUCAGUCUGCAAUUAUUAACCCAGAUUUUGUAUUUAAAGAUUGUAUAUUUUCUUUGAAAUACUAUAGAUUAUACACAAUAUAUAUAAGGAAAGAUUUAAAAUUUGAUGGAGAAGAGUGAAAAAGUUGGAAUUUUUAGUUUAUAGAAAGUGGAAAAUGUUCGAAUCUUUAUCUUUUGAUGUCUUAUGGCAUGCAAUCAGAAGCAGCAGAAGAGGAGGAUCAAGAUCAAGAACAAGAACAAGAACAAGAACCAGCAUUUCAAUUGUGUAACUGGAUUUUCUUUCUCAAAACAAUUUCUGUUAUCAUCUAAAAGAAAAGUUAUUUAAUUUUUGAUUCUUUUUUUUCCUUUUUUACUAAAGAAAAUGAAAAGCUGUUACAGUAUUUAUUGGUUCUUCUUCUUGUGCCUCUUCUUUGCUUCGAUCAUUGCACCUCGAACAGUGCAAGCAUUUACCGGAACAUAUGGAAUAAAUUAUGGAAGAAUUGCCGAUAAUAUACCUUCACCAGAUAAAGUAGCCACACUUCUCAGGGCUGCAAAAAUAAAGAACGUUCGGAUUUAUGAUGCUGAUCACAGUGUCCUCAAAGCAUUUAGUGGUACGGGACUUGAACUUGUGGUAGGGCUACCAAAUGGAUACGUGAAAGAUAUGAGUGCUAAUGCAAGCAAUGCCAUGAGUUGGGUUAAAGAAAAUGUGCAGGCAUUCCUUCCCAAGACGAGUAUUCGGGGGAUUGCUGUCGGAAAUGAAAUUUUAGGAGGAGGUGAUUAUGAACUCUGGGCAGCUCUUCCCGGUGCAGUUAAAAAUAUUUACAAUGCCGUAAAUAAACUUCAUUUAGCUGACAUAGUUCAGAUUACUACAGCACAUUCACAGAAUGUUUUUGCUAAUUCCUACCCGCCAUCUUCAUGUGUAUUUAAAGAAAAUGUUGCUCAAUUUAUGAAACCGCUCUUGCAGUUCUUUGCUCAAAUUGGUUCUCCAUUCUGCUUGAAUGCUUAUCCAUUCCUGGACUACAUGGGCGAUCCAGAGAAUAUCGAUAUCAACUAUGCACUUUUUCAGAAGACGGAGGGUAUAUAUGAUCCGAAAACUGAUCUUCACUAUGAUAACAUGCUUGAUGCUCAGAUUGAUGCGGCCUAUGCUGCAUUGGAAGAUGCUGGAAUUAAGAAGAUGGAAGUGAUAGUUACCGAGACUGGUUGGGCUUCACGCGGAGAUGAUAACGAAGCUGCUGCAACAUUUGAUAAUGCAAGAACAUACAACUUUAAUCUGCGUAAAAGGCUUGCAAAAAAGAAAGGCACUCCUUUCAGACCGAAAAUGGUAGUAAAGGCAUAUGUUUUUGCAAUUUUUAAUGAGGAUAUGAAGCCUGGGCCAACUUCUGAGAGGAAUUUUGGGUUGUUCAAGCCUGACGGAACCAUUUCAUAUGAUGUCGGGUUUCACGGACUUAAAUCUUCGUCCGCUGAACUGUCCCUUUUUUCUUUUAAGGCUGUUCGAGAUCAAGGCUUAUCGAGUUCUUGUUUCUGGGCUCUGGCAGUAUCUACUGUGGCAUCACUCCUAUUAUUAAGACUAUGAUUUUAGAGCAGAAAAACAGCAUCUGGUGAUCAAAACUUGUAGGUUCGUUUCAGAAGCAUUCUUGUCGCUCAUACAACAUUUAUCGAUGUAUCCGCAUAAAGUUUCCGCCGGAAAUAGCUGAUUAAUCAUAUUUCUGAGCUAUGUAUAUUUCUUUUUCUGGAGUAGAUGGUUAAAAUUACCUGCCACUAUUGGGAGUGGUGGAAUCUUCCAUUAGAGUGUAUUUUUCAAAGCAUAAUUGUUAAAGUAUAAAUGAUCUGCUUAAUAUCUCAGCUAUGACACGGUCUCUGUUUUUAGUGUUAAAAAUAUGUAAAUAAUACCACAAACCGACCCCGGAAUUUUAGUUGUACUUUAAUGAAAUAUGAUAUUCUCAGCUUUA